AUGGGUGUUACUCAGAUCACCACUGACAAGGAAUGGAAGGAGCUCGUGGAGAAGAGCCAAGAGCCUGUCGUUGUCGACUUCUUCGCCACCUGGUGUGGUCCUUGCAAGGCCAUCGCUCCCGUCGUUGAGAAGAUGAGCGAGAACGCCCCCUCUGUCAAAUUCUACAAGGUCGAUGUCGACCAACUUGCCGAAGUCGCCCAGGAAAACGGCAUCUCCGCGAUGCCCACUUUUGUAUUCUUCAAGGAUGGCAAGAAGGUGGACGAGUUCACAGUUCGCGGCGCCCAGCGUGAUUUGAUCCAGAAGCGUGUCAACGAGAUCUCCGCCUAG